AAAUAAUAUUCUUCGACGUCGUUGUUGCUUUAAGACCUAUAUAUAGUAUGUAAGACUAUGGUCCAAAAUCUUUCUGCAGAUCUUAGCAAGCAAUAUAUAUGUUAUAAAACACUUUUUUAAUGUUUUGGAAGAUGAUAGAAUAAAAAAGCGAAUGAAAGAACAUCGCACGAUUGCGAUAUGUUGUCCAAGUGUGAUAUGUUGAGCAGUUGGGAGAGUAACGAAUUCGUGAGUGACAACCGAAAGCUUCGCACGAUUAUACGUGAGUUGCGCUGGUUGCGCGUACGGUAGGCGAGAAGUCAAACAAGAAAAGAGCAAAAACGGGGUGGGAGAGAGCAUUCGUUCAAGAUGUGUUUGUGGGUGCGUUAAUCUCUAUCUCUUCCUCUCAAUCCUCUCUCGAGCGUACUUUCGGUGCGGUCAUGAGUCAGAAAAGCCAUGGUUGUCGCGGUCGCGGGCGUUUCAUUUCGUAAUUAAAUUUGUUGUCCCAAACGUGUGUCCCGGGGUCCCCACUAUCCUUAAAGCGUGCACCCCUCCUUCGUCAUCGCGAUCGCGCGCGCGUUCGGAAGUCGUCUCGUUAGCUGUUGCUUAGGCAGCUCAAAAGGGAGAGAGAGAGAGAAUGCGAGAAGAGCUAUGCGAUCUAUAAUACGAAACUUUCGUGUCACUAUUGUGUACACGGGAUUGUUGAGCGGUGACAGCAGCUAUUCGAAAAUGGCACUGUGUUUCGUCGAUUCGACGAUUCACGAAACUACUCUUCACGGUUCCUCGUGAACAUUUUGCUAAUUUCAUCACAUUUUUUACCUUAUUUUCUUUUUUUCGUUUGCUUUCCUCCCUCCCUAACCCAGCCCUCUCUGUACCCACCAUUUAUUUUUAUUUGCAUAGCAAAAAAAUCUCUUGAAAUCGCAGUUUUGCCCACCAAGUGCGAGAAAACACGAGACUUGUUUCCUUUUUUCCCUCUCUCUUCCCUCCGCAGUCAUUCGCGUUUACCUCGAGGAUUUUUUUGAAGUCUUUCUGUGAUAAAGUAAAAAUCCUAAAAUGGAUCCAGUGAGAAAUCGGCCUAGCAGACCUCGUCUUAGGUCCCAUGGUAAUUCAGCCAGAGUUUUGGUCUUUGAUCAAGUAGAAAAUGACGAGAGUCCUGGCAACGCGGAGCUCGAGUCUUCCGCUCGCCAAGUCCAGCCUCCUAAGCCUAUUAGCAAAGAAGCUCCUGUUCGUCCAGUUGGUGGCGAACUUUCAAAUUUGGUGCGCAUGAGAAAUUCAGCAAUUGGAAAAUCUGCACCUUCUUUAUCGGUUCACAUGCGUGAAUUCAACAUUCCUCGUCGCGCGGCAAAAGCGGCUCAUCGCAAAUCAUUCAUAGCAACGACAUCACCGACAUUGCCUCGUUGUCACUCGCCUCUGUCAGCAUUCGUUCCGAUCGUAGGCAGUCCCCUAGAGAGUCCUAGGAUGUCAUCCAGUCCGCAUUUUGCUUUUGCUCCAAUUAAAAGAAUCGGUGCCGGUGCUUCUGGUACGGCCGAUGGGCGACGAUGGUCCGUAGCCAGUUUGCCUUCCAGUGGAUAUGGAACGACACCAGGCUCAAGCAACGUUUCGUCACAAUGUUCGAGUCAAGAACGUCUUCAUCAAUUGCCGAAUAUACCGACGAAGGACGAGCUGAGAAUGUUGUCCUGUCAUUUCUCAAAACCGGGAACACCGUGCUCAUCGCAUCCAGGCUUUCCGGGAUCCAGUAUAUCGAGUAUUCCCGGCAGUAUACCGUUCAGUCUCGAGGAAGAGGACCGAAGGUCACCGCUGCACCGUCCAAGAUCUCGGAGCUUAAGCAGUCCGAGUCGAUCUCCGGUUUUGGACAAUGAGAUACAAAUGAUGAAUACCCUCUACAAGGAACGUUUCCCCAAGGCAACUCAACAGAUGGAAGAACGACUGACAAAUUUUAUAAACGAAAACAAAGAGAUUGACGAGUACGAAGUUGUUUCCCACAUGGCUCAAGAUUCUUUGCCCAUUAUACGCUUCGUUCAUCAUCAAAUAAUCGAAAUGGCCCGGGACUGUUUACAAAAGUCACAAGAGAAACUAAUAACGUCCAGAUACUUUUACGAAAUGAGUGAAAAUCUCGAACAUCUUUUGGUCGAGACGAAGGAUAAAUCGUUGGAAGCAGCGACACGACUGACCGGUUUAAUAAAAAAGCUUUUAUUAAUAAUCUCGCGACCAGCUCGGCUCUUGGAGUGCCUCGAAUUCGAUCCGGAAGAAUUUUAUCACUUGCUCGAACAGGCCGAGGGUCAAGCUAAAAUAAAUAUUGGUAUUAAAGCGGAUAUACCACAGUAUAUAAUCAACAAACUCUCUUUGAAUAGAGAUCCGAUAUCGGAACUACAAGACGAUAUCAAUAAACUGGAGGACUCGGCGAGUUCGAACUGCAGCAACGCGGAAUUGGUCUCAUCGAGUCCGAACAAGGAAGACGAUGCAAAGUCUCAACGGGUACCGUGCGAAAGUGAUUACGAGGUGCUAAAACUCAUAAGCAACGGUGCUUACGGAGCGGUUUAUCUGGUUAAAGAGAAAACUACGAGGCAUCGUUUCGCCAUGAAAAAAAUAAACAAAAAUAAUUUAAUGCUACGAAACCAAGUCGAACAAGUGUUUGCUGAGCGGGACAUAAUGAGCUUUACCGACAAUCCUUUUGUCGUAUCCAUGUAUUGUAGUUUCGAAACUAAAAAACAUUUGUGCUUGGUUAUGGAAUACGUUGAGGGGGGAGAUUGUGCAAAUCUUUUGAAAAAUAUUGGACCUUUGCCACCGGACAUGGCAAGAUUUUAUUUCGCUGAGACUGUUCUUGCGGUCGAGUACCUUCAUAGCUACGGAAUCGUCCACCGUGAUCUCAAACCCGAUAAUCUUCUGAUAACGGCCUUGGGGCAUAUAAAACUGACAGAUUUUGGUCUUAGUAAAAUGGGACUGAUGUCGCUUGCCACGAAUCUCUACGAGGGUUAUAUCGACCGGGAUACACGUCAAUUUUCGGACAAACAGGUUUUCGGCACACCCGAGUACAUUGCACCCGAAGUAAUACUCCGUCAGGGUUAUGGAAAACCCGUGGAUUGGUGGUCCAUGGGAAUAAUAUUGUACGAAUUUUUAAUCGGUUGCGUGCCAUUCUUUGGUGAAACACCGGAGGAGUUAUUCGCUCAUACCGUCAAUGACGAUAUCGAGUGGCCGGACGAGGAAGAUUGGCCCGUACAACCAGAAGCCAAGGAUAUUAUAACGUCGUUACUCGAUCAGAGUCCUCGAGAACGUUUGGGCACUGGUGGCGCUCACGAGGUCAAAGAUCAUCCUUAUUUCUUUGGCGUCAAUUGGAACACGCUUUUACGACAAAAAGCGGAAUUUGUACCUCAGUUGACAAACGAGGAGGAUACGAGCUAUUUUGACACUCGGAUGGAUCGUUACAAUCACGAUCUUGGCGAGGAUACCGACGACACGGACGAUUCCCCGCUUUUCGGCUCGUUCUCGUCGUACUCACCGCAGUCGCGUAAAAUUUCACAGACUCGUCCACCACAAAUCGGUGACGGAGAUAUCGAUUGCUUUACGAAGAAGCAAUUGUUCCGCAACGAAUUUGAACGUCCGUUGUCGCAAAUAUCGCCAAGUUCCUCAAUAACAUUUUCACCACUGUUGCGAGCGUUGGAGAAACCUGCUGAAAAAAACCGUACAAUUAGCACUGCCAAGGGUAUCAUACCGACGGAAAAUCUUAACAGAUCGGACAAGGGUUCGGAUACCUCGGCAACGAGCUUAAUGUCUGUAAGCAGUAGCAGCGGUGAAUCAAGAUCAACAAUCGUUAAAAGCAACCUUUCGAUCGAGAGUAACACUGUGAAUCUUACGAGCACGCCGGAUUCGUCACAGACCGAAUCGGACGACAUCAGUCCGCAGAUACAGAGAAAACGACAUACCCAUUCCUCUAGGGACAAGCUUCCCAGGUUCAGUAUUUCCAUUGACGGUGAUCACACACUGGACCUGGUGGCUGCAAGGAGAGAUGCCGCUGAGGACAAACAUAAUUCAAGCACUGAUUCUUUUGAAUCGUUCAACGCUAUACCUCUGCCACCUUCGGCUAAACAGAAAUCACGAUCUGUUAUAAAAUCCGCGUCUACGAGCGGUCUUUCUUUGGUCAUACCGACCACUGACUUUUCCUACGAUCCACCGGUAUGUGGCCAAUCCAUAGAAUCUCCGGGGGGUUCUUCCACAGCAUCCUCCCGGGACACAUCUCCGUGUCGGGAGCUCAGUCCUCUCGUAACGAGUCUGAAGCCUCCAAUAAUUAUUCGUCGGGGUCCUUGCGGUUUCGGAUUCACCGUACACACUAUAAGAGUUUAUUAUGGCGACAGUGACUUUUAUACGAUGCAUCAUUUGGUCAUGGCCGUCGACCAAUCUAGUCCCGCUUUCGAGGCAGGCUUGAGGCCGGGUGAUUUAAUAACUCACAUAAACGGCGAAACGGUGCAGGGACUCUUCCACACGCAAGUAUUGCGUUUGAUGUUGAGCGGCGGUGAUCACGUCACACUGAGAAGUACACCGCUCGAAAAUACGAGCAUAAAAACGGGUGGUAGAAAGCGUGAGUUGGCGCAGAGUAGAAUGGCGCGACGUACGCUUCACAGGCAGCGAAAACAGAAGCGCGAUCAGUCGGAAAAGAAGAGAAAAGCUUCGCUGUUCAGACGAAUAAGUUCGAAACGCGCGAGCGUUGAGAUGCAGCAGCCGUUAAGUAUCAGUUGCCCCUUGUCGGCACCCAUUCUACCCAGCGACAGCAAACCUCCACUUAUGAUGGCAGCUGGAAUUUGUUCUCCGUCCAUGGUAACACCGAGUCGAUCGUUUCAAUCAUUUUCUCGGUCACUGCCACCGCAACAGGAAUCAUCGCCUUAUUUCAGUGGUGUUGGGAAAUCCGUUGGUAGUCCAUCACCCCCGACCAACCGUCCCAGCUCGGAAUCUUAUCACUCGACCAGUACAUCGAGUCCUUGCUCUAGCCCAAACUCAUCAUCGCCAGGCUCGAGCACGUCGACUGGAAGUAUCGCCAACAUUCCGAAUCAAUCGCAUUAUCAGCGGCCGAGCACGUUGCACGGCUUAAAACACAAAUUACACACUGCGGCGAAAAAUAUACACUCGCCGAACCGGCGAAAAUCCGUUGGCCAUAUACCUUUGUCGCCGCUCGCAAGGACUCCAAGUCCUUCGCCGAUUCCUGCUAGUCCCACCAGGAGCCCGAGCCCUCUGGCUUUUCCUACGGGACAUCAGCCUGGAAGUUCCAAUACGACACAGUCCUACAGUCCAGGAGCAUCUCUAUCGACACCGAGUAAUCAGAAAAAAAGUUACGGUCGUCCGAAAUCGGCAGAGCCAGGAUCACCUCUUUUGCGUCGUGCACUGAGUCCUGACAGGUUGCAUCCACGAUCAGCGGAGAACAAGACAUCGAUAUCGCCUCUUGCGAAUACGGUAGUUCGAGUAACACCCCGGGUUACGAAAGCCCAAAAUUCAUUGAGCGAGAGCCUGGAUGAAGUUGCAGAGACGCAAUCGAGAGAACCGAGUGACAUUGGUGCUAAGUGUAACGAGAAAAAAUCGUGUAUGGAUACGAAACAAGUUAGCGAGUAUACGAAAUUAACGCAUGGUAUAUCGAUAAACAUAGCCUCGGUCGGUCUUUCGAAUUCGUGCAGUGGGACACAAUUGCCUCGUAUUGCUGAGGAAAAAGAUUCGCCGACGGGAACGAAGAGCGAGGAGAAGGAAAUUCUCGAGAAAAAUAGCAAUAGUUUUUUAAAUAAUCCACUGCCGUGCUCGAGUCAACUGAACCAAUUUAGUGAGCGUCAAACGUCUCUAGAUUCUGCCUCCAAAACGAACGAUCCACGUUCCUCAAACUCGAGAACAGCAGCAAUUACGACAACAACAAUAACGACGACUGCAUCUUCGAGUAUAACUCAAACGACUACGUCCUUCGAUAGCAAUAUCCAAAAUUCGUUGAAACCAAGUAUCGUAGAAACACGUUUCAAGACAUCUGUCCCCUCGUCUUCAUCGCAUUUCGGUAACGUGCCUUGGCGUCGAAACAACGAAGUCGAGACUACCACGACGACUCAACAAUUGUCCAAAUUAACUGUUCACGAUGCUAAGUCCUCGACGAAAAGCAAAACCGAGACCGAUACGAAAAAAGUACUGAAACGAUAUAAAUCCGACAGCGCUGAUGUUUCGAGUCAAUCAACGACGAAUGUUGUCGAAAAAACAUCAACAUCUCUGGAUGAUAAGUGCAACAAGUGAUUACGAUGUUAAUUAUCAUUUUUCAGAGAUAUUAAAAAUGUUAUUUCGACCUCACGCCAAAAGACAAAAAUCUUUUAUUCAGGAUGCAUUGAAAAAGCAGUAUAAUCAUAAUCGUAUUUGCGCGAUUUACUUUAUACCCAAACAAUUCGUUAAAAUCGUUGAGUCGUAUUUAACGGAAAAACAUUAAAAGAGCAUAAGCUUCGGAUACCUGAGAAAAAGAUGGUAAAAACCUUCAAAGUCACGGUGUAUCGGCGUUUGUCAGAUUUUUCGCGAUACGCUUCAUUUUAUCUCUCCGAAUUUUUUCGUAUUGUUCCCCAACGGCGUGUAAAUAGUUUUUAAUAAGAACGCCCAGAGAGGGCUAGCGUGAAACCGUGAAGGUCUGUAAAUAGUGCGUGCUAUUUCUCUCCUUUCAACGGAUGGGCAUAAUCCUUUUACUAUCAUUUUUUGUCGUCGGUGUGUAUAUGUUUAUAUAAAUACGUGGAAUGAAAGCAGUGUAUGAUUGAUGCAUCGUUCUGUCGUUUUCUUUUCUCCGCUGUGCAGUAUUCGUUCGAUCUCAAUGAUUUUGCAAAAUGGGCAAAAUUUAACCACAAUCGUUUAAGGAAUGAUAACAGGGUCGGAAGAAAAACAAAUUAUCGCUACUGUCGAAUCAAAACAAAAGAAAUCGGAUUAUUGUUCGUUCGACUGAUAUUCAUUGUUUUUUUUUUUUUCGUGAACUUACAAAAAUAUAUACAAACUUACGCAUCACGGAGAGAUCAGCAGAAUUCUCAAUGAAGAAAAGAGUUUCUCUUUUUAUUUGUAGUAUUAAUAUUUCGAUUAAUUUAUUUGAAUAACGUGGUUAGUCAAUAUAGACCAUAAGAAUCGAGUUAAUUUUUAGCUUUAUCGUGUAAGUCGACAACAAUAUCGCCAUUCUUUGAAAAAUGAACUCGAAGAAAUUAAGGAUUUAGAGCUCGAAUCACAAAAGCAGUAUCGCCGAUCGAUGUUUUAGCUGGAAAACUAGAAAUACAAAUGUAAUCUCGUCCGUAGAUCUCGGUUAGAAUUAUAGAGAAUGAAGGAAUUGUCGAGAAGAAAAAUCUCCUAGUGUAAGUUUAUUUCGUUUUGAGAUAUUGUAUGGAAUCAAUAAGUUUAACGCAGUUCUCGUGGAGAUAAUUUUUACGAAACUUGCAAUCAAUUGUUCUCCGUUGUUCUCGAUUUUCUAAAUCCUUGGAUGAACUCGGUAGGGGUUUUAACAUAGCACAAGAUAUUGCUUUCUGCCGAGGGGAAAAAAAGAAGAAACGUUUGAUCGAGAAUGAAUUACUUACGAGAACUACGUUGAAAUUGUGAAUGGCUCUAACUUGUAUAUCUUAAUCGUUAACGUUCAUUGUUUUUUCUUUGUAUACGUGCGCUUGUAUAAUCGGUGAUAAAUGGUUAAAUAAUUAACGUUGACGUUCGAUUUCCGAUCGAAGUAUUUACCUAGUUGUCGUAAUGUUAUCGAGCGAAAGAGCAAAGUAAAAUGAAUGAAAAGUAAAAUCUGGGAGUUCGAAUUUUGAUAAAUUGUUCUUUUCAAUGAUGACAUGAUUCGCAGAUGCGUUGUUUCAACGAGAAAACAUUUUAAUUGUGCGCGUUUUCAUCGUUGUUUUUCGAAUAAUCGAUUUUCUAAAAUUUCCAUCACAAUUUUUCACAUUCCUGUUUGUUGUUUUAAAAGCAAAAGAAUCAUUACUCUCGAAUGUUUUUACGUUAUGUGUGAAAUAUGAUUGGAGUAUAAGAAUAAAAAAGUUUUCGAUUUGAUCGAACUCCCGUACGGAAACGCUGGAUGUUUCCCAUAUUCGAAACUCACGAAAAUUAUUGCAAAAACGAUAAUAAGUAUCGCGAAUCCUGCAUAAAUUUUAUCGUCGUAAUAAUAUAAAAUCAUUAGGAUUUGUAAUUAUUAAAAAAUAGUUGGUAAAUCCAAUAUUCUUUUCUAAUUGUUUUUUUCAAAGACAGAUUUGUUUGCUCACAUUAUUGUCAUUGUUAAUUGUCGUUCGAGCGUGCGAGUUUUUACACUCGAAAAUUUAUAUAUUUUUGUCUCGAUAAUCGUCGUUCGAUCGCGGAUAAAAAAAAUGCAUGAGAAACUAUACCUCAAUACUCUGCCGAAUAGUUUACGAGGGAGAUAAUGAACGAGAAAUAAAAAAUGCACUAAGCGACAUAUCUCAAUUUGUAAAAUGGGUUGUGAUGUACAAACAAUUUCGUUCGUUUCGAAAGUACACGAGGAGAAACACAAAACCAGCAAAAGACUAGAUUUCGUCGACUUUUUGCUAUUAAGAUCGAUCAGGAUACAAUAAUUUUCUCGAUGUGUAUACAUUGUCACUCGUGUGUCUCGAAUAAGAGAUAUUUUUCUUUGUUCUUUUAAUGGAAAGAAAGAGAAGGAGAGAGUGAGUUUCGAAGAACGUGUUUAUUUCCUCUAAUUUUUCUUUCUCGACUCAAUGUGCUGAUGAAAAACGCCAAGUUGCGAUAAAACAAAUGCAUAAUUUAUUCUUAGAAAUAUCCUUGAUAUACAUAUUUAAUCAGCGAUGCGUCUCAAUGUUGUUACUGUACUACGCGAACUCUGAAAUGGAUGAAUCAAAAAAAAAAAAAAACAAAAAAAUAACAAUACAAAAAGUGGAUGAGAGAAAAGUACUAUUCCGAAUAAAGAAAUGCGAUGAAUGAAA